UUAUUGAACCUGGACGCCUGUUCUGAUGCAGCCCUACCUGAAGCACAUGGACUCCAUGGAAUCUUCGGUGCGCAURAAGAUUGAAGACGGGGGGACGGAGGCUGUGCAGUGGUCGGGGGUCCAGAGUAGCGGCGCCACGGUGAAAACGGAACUAGGUACCGCAGAGUUGGUCCGGACUGCGGUGGAGGGUCUGUCUGUCGCCCCUUCGGAGGCCUCGCGUCGAUACACCAUGGAGGUAAACAAAGAUGGCGCCGCCCAGGGACAGAGCAGACCAUGCGGAAUAAAAACACCCAAAUAUGACGGUAAAUCGGACUGGGAUGCGUUCAGGGCUCAGUUCGAAAUACUGGCGGCUGCCAACGUCUGGUCGAGGGAUCAAAGAGCUCUGCAAUUCGCCAUGUGCCUGACGGGGGA